AUGGCUCCUGCGAUCGUCGUCGACAAGGCUGGCGCCGCUCCGGCUCCCUCAGCGGACGAUGUGUCAGCCUUUCUCACCAGCAUUCUGUCGGCGAAGACGUCGCACGCCUCGGUGGACGCCGCCUACGCCCUCACUACCCUCCUACAAAACUCAGUAGGCUUCCGCGGCCUCCACGGCUACGGCAUUAUCGACGAGAUCAAGAAGGCCGCCAACAACAAGAAGGAUGCCGUGAAGCGCGAGGGCGCCAUGAACGCGCUCGGUGCGCUGUUCGAGCGCUUCCCGCGCACGCAGAAACUCGGCGAGGUCAUCUUCCUGGUGCAGGAGGAGACGCUCGUGCCGACGGUGCUCGAUUCGCUGGCAGACAAGACCGGCUCCGUCAAGGAGUCGGCAAAGUACGCCCUCGACGCCCUCUUCGACAACCUGUCCGCCGAGGCCAAGGUCGUCGGUCUUCUCCCCGUGCUCAUCAAGUACCUGGGCAAGAAGUCGGGCAAGUGGCAAGGCGCUGUGGGCGCCUUUGAGCUCAUCGGCCGCAUGGCUGACAAGGCCAAGAUGGGCAUGGAGAGCCUCGAGGUCGAGAAGGAGAAGGACAUCCUGCGCGAGUCCAUGGGCAAGAAGCUCGAGCGUCUCAUCCCCGUUGUCGAGAACGGCAUGCACGACCUCAAGUCGGAGGUCGCAAAGCAGGCUCUCAAGUCGAUGAACAGCCUCACCACACUCCUCCAGAACGACGACAUCGCGCCUCGGAUACCGCUGCUGGUCCAGGCCAUCGAGGACCCCUCCACGCAGAGUCUGCAGAAGGCCAUCCACGCUCUGUCGCAGACCACCUUCGUCGCUAUUGUCACUUCGCCCGUCCUCGCCAUGGUCACUCCCCUGCUCGAGCGAUCUCUGAACACCCCUACAACCACCCAGGAGGUCACUCGCCAGACCGUGGUCGUUGUCGAGAACUUGACCAAGCUCGUCCAUGACCCCGUCGAGGCUCGCGCAUUCUUGCCCAAGCUGAAGCCAGGUGUCAAGGCCGUGCAGGAUCGCGCAUCUCUCCCCGAGGUGCGUGAGAUCGGUGCGCGUGCGCUGGCUGUCAUUGAGGCAGCCAUCGCGGACAAGGACGGUAACGUUGAUAGCGGUGCCAUUGCCAGGAUGGAGCCGACCGACGUCGCCAAUGUCAUUACACAGCAGAUCAACGCUGUCGGCAACUUGAACAACUUCCCUGGAGACGCCGAAGUCUGGGCGCCUACAAAGGCCUACAUUUCAGAGAUGAUCGCCGAGGACAUCAACCAGCGCGAGAUUGCUCGCAUUCCCCAGCUCAUCACCCUCUACCUGGAGCCUCUGAUGAACCCCGGAGACGCCGAGAAGGUCGCCGAGGCAGUCCACAAGUUCUACCUCGAAGAGGACCAUCGCAAAUACGGUAUGCCUGCCGAGAUUGAGGAGGGUGAGACCGAGAUCGUCAACGCAACAUUUUCGCUCGGUUACGGUGGUAUGCUGCUCCUUUCGCACACCAACCUGCGUCUCCUCAAGGGCCAUCGCUAUGGUCUCUGUGGUCGCAACGGUGCUGGAAAGUCCACCCUCAUGCGUAGUAUGGCGGAUGGAAAGUUGGAAGGAUACCCGUCUCAAGACGUCGUCAAGACGUGCUUUGUCGAACACAACCAGGGCGAGAACGCGGAUCUCACCAUCCUCGAAUACAUCUCCAGCGACCCUAGGUUCAAGGAUGAGAGCAGGGACCGCAUCAUCGAGGUCCUAGAGGAGGUCGGGUUCACAUCCGGUCCCGAAGGCAGACAGUCCAACAAGGUUGGCUCUCUGUCUGGAGGAUGGAAGAUGAAGCUGGCUUUGGCCAGAGCCAUGUUGAUGCGUGCUGACGUACUGCUUCUGGACGAACCUACCAAUCACUUGGACGUUGCCAAUGUUGCCUGGCUGCAGGAGUACUUGAAGAAGCACACCGAGAUCACCAGUUUGAUCGUAUCCCACGACUCUGGUUUCCUUGAUGAAGUCUGCACAGACAUCUACCACUACGAGCAGAAGAAGCUGGUAUGCUACAAGGGUAACCUCGCGGACUUCGUUCGUGUCAAGCCCGAAGCUAGCAGCUACUAUACCCUGACUUCAUCCCAAGUGCAGUUCAAGUUUCCUCCUCCCGGUAUUCUUACUGGUGUCAAGUCGAACACUCGCUCCAUUCUGCGCAUGACCAAUUGCACAUACACAUACCCUGGCUCGUCAAAGCCAUCGCUCUUCGAUGCGAACUGCAAUUUGUCUCUCUCGUCGCGUGUUGCUAUCAUCGGUGCCAAUGGUGCCGGUAAGUCGACGCUCAUCAAGAUUCUGACUGGUGAAGUCACUCCUCAGGAGGGCAAGGUCGAGAAGCACCCUAACUUGCGUAUUGGAUACAUCAAGCAGCACGCCCUGGAGCACGUUGAGAUGCACAUGGAGAAGACACCAAACCAGUACCUGCAGUGGCGUUACGCCAACGGUGACGACCGCGAAGUGCUUAUGAAGCAGACUCGUGUGCUCACCGAAGAAGACAAGAAGCAGAUGGAAACUCCCAUUGACAUUGGUGAUGGCAGCGGCCCACGAAGAAUCGAGGCACUCAUCGGUCGUCAAAAGUACAAGAAGUCUUUCCAGUACGAGGUCAAGUGGAUGCACAUGUUGCCCAAGUACAACACGAUGAUCUCUCGUGAGACUCUGCUCGAGCGCGGUUUCUCCAAGCUCAUCCAGGAGUUCGAUGACCACGAGUCUUCCCGUGAAGGUCUGGGUUACCGUGUCCUUGAGCCCAAGGUCAUCUCCAAGCACUUUGAGGAUCUCGGUAUGGACCCUGAGAUCGCCAACCACAACGAAAUCUCUGGUCUCUCUGGAGGUCAGAAAGUUAAGGUCGUGCUCGCUGGUGCUAUGUGGAACAACCCGCAUCUCCUCGUCCUCGACGAGCCUACCAAUUUCUUGGACCGUGACUCUCUCGGUGGUCUUGCGGUCGCUAUUCGCGACUACAAGGGCGGUGUCAUUAUGAUUUCCCAUAACGAAGAGUUUGUUGGUGCGCUGUGUCCCGAGCAAUGGCAUGUUGCCGAUGGGCGCGUGGCUCACAAGGGCCAUCUCGCUGUCAACAUGGACCGCUUCGAAGACUCUCGACCUGGUUCGUCGAAUGUUAGCAGCAAUGUUAGCUCGGCUGCGCCUAGCACGACUGGCACACCCAACAUGAGUGACGCCGAGGGCAACAAGGACGACAUGAAGUUCCGCGCUAAGAAGAAGAAGAAGAUGACGCGCGCGCAGCAGAAGGAGCGUGAAGUCAGGAGGAGAAUGAGGUACAUUGAGUGGUUGAACAGCCCUAAGGGCACUCCACAACCUCCUAACACGGAUGAUGAAGCUGAAUAG